AAUGCUUUUGUCCGCCAUUAACAAUGCCGAUUACAGCGAGUAUGCAAAAUAUGUUGAUCCUCAAUUGACUUGUUUUGAACCGGAAGCUUGUGGUAACUUGAUUGAAGGCAUGGAAUUUCACAAAUUCUAUUUCGAUAAUAAAGUUUUAAAUCAUAAAUCGUCUAAUACGACGGUACUUCAUCCACAUGUUCACAUGCUCGGAGAGGAUGCGGCAUACAUAGCUUAUGUUAGACUUACUCAAUUUGUUGAUAAGUCCGGAACUCCAAAUACAAUUCACUCGGAAGAGACUCGAAUCUGGCAGAGGAAAGAUGGACGAUGGCUUUGUGUUCACUUUCACCGAUCCUCCAAUUCGACUUUAGGUAGACCGAAAUGA